CGCCGCAUUUGCGCGUUCUCGCCUGUGCGCGUCCCCUUGGCUGCGACGUCACGCCCGCUGUUGACGUGACGACCGCCAGCGCGAGGAGGCUGUGGGUGCUCCGCGGGGGCUCGUGCGGUCUUGGUCGGUGGGCUUCGAGCGGCCAUGGGCUUCUACGGGACCUUGAAGCUCAUCUUCAACAAGGUGAAGAGGAAGCUCGAUCACGUUCCUGAGGGUCGGCCGUUUUCAUCCGGGAAGAAGCAGUGCCGAGGCGAUGCUUACUUCAGUCCGUCCGACGCGGUCCAGAGCCCACCUGCCACCUUUGGGGAGUUGCGACUGGCCAACGGGCAUUCGGCUCAACGGCGGCGCGUCACCUCGGGCCCGCCCCCUUGCGGCCUGCAAGACUGGCUUCGCACGUUUCAGGCGUGGAGCGUUCCCGAGAGGUUGCUUGCGCUCGACCAGUUGAUCGACAGAUGUGAAACGGGGCAGGUCAAGCAUGUUAUGCAGCUCAUUGAACCGCAGUUCCAGAGGGACUUCAUCUCCCUGCUGCCGAAAGAGCUGGCUCUCUACGUGCUCAACUUCCUAGCGCCGCGAGACCUGCUGCAGGCUGCCCAGACCUGCAGGUACUGGAGGAUCUUGGCUGAAGACAACCUGCUAUGGAGAGAGAAGUGCCGUGAAGAAGGCGUGUCCGAGUUCUCAUCACCCCGGCGCAGGAAGUGCGUCAGGUCCGGCGCGGCGCUGGGCACGUGGAAGUCGACGUACAUCCGUCAACAUCGCAUCGAGAGCAACUGGAGGAACGGAGACGCACGGCAGGCAAAGGUGCUGAAAGGUCACGACGACCAUGUGAUCACGUGUCUCCAGUUCAGCGGCGACCUCAUCGUCAGCGGUUCUGAUGACAACACGCUCAAAGUGUGGUCAGCCAUAACUGGCAAGUGCUUGCGUACCCUGACGGGCCACACGGGCGGCGUGUGGUGCAGUCAGAUGGCGGUCACCACAGUGAUCAGCGGCUCCACCGACCGGACGCUGCGGGUGUGGGAUGCCGACAGCGGAGAAUGCGUCCACACUCUUUACGGGCACACGUCCACCGUGCGCUGCAUGCAUCUCCACGGCAACCGUGUGGUGUCGGGGUCACGGGACACGACCCUGCGCAUGUGGGACUUGGCGAGCGGUCGCUGCGAGCAUGUGCUGACAGGCCACGUGGCGGCGGUGCGCUGCGUCCAGUACGACGGUCGACGCGUGGUGUCAGGGGGCUAUGACUACAUGGUGAAAGUGUGGGACCCCCAAACGGAGGCCUGUCUCCACACUUUGCAGGGACACACCAACCGGGUGUAUUCACUACAGUAUGACGGCGUUUUUGUGGUGAGUGGCUCGCUGGAUACGUCUAUCCGGGUUUGGGACGCAGAAACAGGUGGAUGUAUCCAUACGCUGACGGGCCACCAGUCCUUGACCAGCGGGAUGGAGCUUCGGGACCGCAUCUUGGUAUCUGGGAACGCCGACUCCACAGUUCGUGUAUGGGAUAUCCGAACGGGACGUUGUCUGCACACCCUGCAAGGUCCCAACAAGCACCGGUCGGCGGUGACGUGCCUGCAGUUCUGCCGGGGUCUGGUCCUGUCCAGUUCGGAUGAUGGCACAGUCAAACUGUGGGACCUCCGUACGGGUGCUUGGCUGCGUGACGUGGUGGCGCUGCAGAGCUGUGGAUCUGGUGGCGUGGUUUGGCGCAUCAAGGCGUCAGACACCAGGCUUGUUUGCGCGGCCGGCAGCAGGGUCGGAACCGAGGAGACCAAACUGCUGGUGCUUGACUUCGACCUUGAGGAGCGGCAAACGGAUAAGAAGACACCGACCGAGUCGGACAAAGAUGACGUCGGGGAGGAUUUGAUUUGCUAGGAUGUUUGACAUCCAUCAGUGCACGCUUUAACGGGAUCGUUACCCCGAUUUGUGGCCCCGCAAAAACUGCAGAUGAGUGUUUUCACUGGAACCCGAAAUGAUCAUCACAAGAUGACAAACCGUACCCAACCCCCGCCAGAUAUGAAGCUAAACGCGUGUAUGCGAGAUGAUGUAAGAUAGUGUAAAAACAAGAGAAGGAUGUACAUAUUGUGCUUUUGCUAAGCUAACACUAGCCGGGUUUAAAUGGAAGACCUCUGGUCUGGAUUGGACAUCUGUUGCCGUCAAAAAUUGUUCUUCCUCUGGCCAAGAUGCACCAUCCCACGUGCGUGAUUUCGAGAGACAGCGAGAACCAAAAGUGGCAUUUGCCAUGUGGCAAAAUGGAUUUUGCCAUGUGGCUUUUUUUUUUGCUAUUUGGCAGAAUGGAUUUUGCCAUGUGGCACCUUUUUGCCAUGUGGCAUUUUUUUGCCAUGUGCCAAAAUGGAUUUUGCCAUGUGGCAGAAUUGAUUUUGCCAUGUGGCAUUUUUUUGCCAUGUGGCGUUUUUUUUGCAUGUGGCAAAAUGGAUUUUGCCAUGUGGCACCUUUCUGCCAUGUGGCAAAGUUGAUUUUGCCCUGUGGCAAAAUGGAUUUUGCCCUGUGGCAAAAUGGAUUUUGGAAAAUUUGGAUGUGCAUAGCCGUCAAUGGCAUAGCCUGAAUUGGUUUCCAGAGGAAUGUCAAUGUGCUGUAAUGCUAAGUGGUAUGUACAAAAAUCACAGCCACACGUUUUCUGCCAUUUAAUAUGAAUGGAAAAUUUGGACGUCCGUAGCCGUCAAUGGCAAAGCCUGAGUGGGGUGCCAGUUGAAUCUCAAUGCGCUGUAAUGGUAAGUGGAUGGCCAAAAAUCACAGCCACAUGUUUUUCUGCCAUUUAAUACAGAUUGAAAAUUUGGACGCACACACCUGUCAAUGACAUACAUUGACUCGGGUGUCAGCAGAAUGUCAAUGCGCUGUAAUGCUAAGUGGAUGUUCAAAAAUCACAGUCACGCGUUUUUUUGCCAUUUAAAAUGAAUGGAAAAUUUGGACGUGCAUAGCCAUCAAUGGCAUCAACGUGCAUGGCCCUUAAAACUGCCAUAUACCCCCCAAAAA